AUGAUCUUGGCUUUCACUUGCUUAGUGCUGUCUACUGCAUUGCUUCCACCUGUCCUGGCACAGGCGACAUGUGCUACAUUGUGGGCACAAUGUGGCGGCAGUGGAUCCAGCGGCUCGUCUUGUUGUGAGAGCGGUUCAUCAUGCGUUCAAGUCAAUUCAUAUUAUUACCAAUGCACGCCAACAACCCAGGUUUCAACGGUCUCAUCUACCGGCACCACUUCUGUCUCUGGAACUGCUUCUCUGGUUUCUGGCUCGUUAUAUACGGCAACAGAGCCCCUGUCUACAUCCACUUCGACGCAGGUGCCUUAUCCUGCUGCAAAUGAAAGUAGUUGUGGAGAUUCGUGGGCAUUGGUCGACAAUGUCUGCUGUCCAUAUUACUGCACAUCCAACAACGAGUCGGAGACAUGUACUAGUCCUUGUUCUGGUGGCUGCGGUUCACCAGACUCUUCUAUGUGCAAAUCAGGAACAAUGUGGGGUGAGCAAACGACCGUUGGGUCCGACGAAGACUGGCACUACAGUCGCUCCACGCACUUUGGAUUGACCGACGCUGGAGCCUGUGGGUUUGGUCUCUAUGGUCUUUGUACAAAGGGCAGCAGUACAGCAAGCUGGACAGAUCCUAUGCUCGGUGAUACUUGCGAUGCUUUCUGCACGGCCUACCCCCUUCUAUGCCAGGACCCGAGCAAUGUAACUCUGAGAGGUAACUUUGCGGCCCCAAACGGGGAUUAUUACACGCAAUUCUGGCCUUCGUUAGCAACCGAAGGGAACCCAGACAACUAUCUUUCCUGCGGGGAGUGUUUCGAAUUAGUCCGAACCAAGGAUGACGGAACAGACUAUGUGGUGGGAGAAGAUGGAUACACCGACCCAAUCUAUCUCGAAAUCGUGGAUAGUUGUCCAUGCGAUGCAAACCCAAAGUGGUGCUGCGGAUCUGGCGCAGACCACUGCGGAGAGAUAGAUUUUACCUAUGGAUGUCCUAUUCCAGAGGACAGUCACCACAUGGACCUUUCGGACAUUGCCAUGGGCCGUUUACAGGGCAAUGGAAGUCUGAACGAAGGCGUUAUCCCUAUUCGCUAUAAGCGUGUUCCAUGCCCCAAGCCCGGAAAUGUAUACAUCUGGGUACGAGACGGUGCCGGCCCAUACUACUUCGCAUUGACAGCCGUAAACACAAAUGGUGUUGGCUCUGUGGUCAGUAUUGAAGUUCAAGGGUCCGGCCAAAGCGACUGGAUGGCGCUUGAGCACGAUCCAAACUACACCAGUAGUCGUCCACAGGAGAGAUACGGGGCGUGGGUCAUACCACAAGGGUCAGGCCCGUUUAAUGUACCUAUUGGUCUUCGUAUUACAUCGCCAGAUGGCCAGCAGAUCGUGAAUACAGAGGUAAUCACAUCGUUCACUGCGCCAGCGUCUGCGCCCUCUGGAUUUUGGUACAUUGACAUGGGGGUGCAGUUUACUUGA